AAUAUAACCUAUAAGAUACCUGACAAAUUAAAGUCCUCUAAACAAAUAACAAAAUUUAUAUAAAUGAGUUAAUGAAUCAAUAAAAAUGCAAUUAAUAAACUUAAUAAAAGCCCUCCGUAUAACUCUGGUACACACAACACGAAGUUACUCACAGGAAUACACUCCUAAAGCUUUAAGGAGUUUAAAAGCGAAAUCUACAAGAAACAAUGUUCAGUUUUAUGUUGACGCGUAUAGAGUUAGAGCUGUGGCGGGAAAUGGCGGAGACGGAUGUAUAUCGUUCCUCAGUGCGUGGUGCAAGGACCACGCGGGCCCUGACGGCGGCGACGGGGGACAUGGGGGUCAUGUUAUAUUCCAGGCAACACACUCAGUUAAGAGUCUAAACCACUGCAAGUCGGUGGUGACAGCAAAACAUGGUGAAAAGGGGUACAACAAAGACUGCAAUGGGAAAAACGCUCAGCAUGUACUGGUUCCAGUGCCUCUAGGUACCUUGGUAAAGGACGAGCGGGGCCGCGUGGUGGCCGACCUCUGCGUGGAGGGGAUGAUGUUCGUGGGGGCGAGGGGGGGCGCCGGCGGCAGGGGGAACAAGUUCUUCCUCACCGAUACACAACAGGCGCCAGAUAUAGCAGAGCUGGGCGCCGCCGGGGAAUCGAACACGUACAACCUGGAGGUGCGGUCGAUGGCGCACGUGGGGCUGCUGGGGUUCCCCAACGCGGGGAAGAGCUCCCUCCUGCGAGCCCUCACUCGCGCCCGGCCCACCGUCGCGCCCUACCCCUUCACCACGCUCCGACCUCACAUCGGUAUGGUGCCAUAUGAUGACUACGAGCAAGUAGCUAUAGCCGACCUGCCGGGUUUGAUUCCCGGCUCGCACAAAAACUACGGAUUAGGUAUCCAGUUCCUGCAGCACGUGGAGAGGUGCCGUGGCCUGAUAUACCUGCUCGACGGCACAGACAACCCCCAGAUCCAAUACAACACGCUGAGAAAUGAAAUUAAACAAUACAACAGCGACCUGAUGGGGCGGCCAUCUUGUAUUGUUGUAAACAAAAUAGAUGUUAAGGAGGGUAGAGAGAAUUUUGAGGGCAUGAAGCGGAGGGUUGAUGUGAUCGGUGUGUCUGCGAAGACGGGGUUGAAUUUGGGGGAGUUGUUAAGGGUUGUUAGGGGUAUGUAUGAUAGUGGGGAGGUGACUGAUGAAGUGCAAUCUUAAUUCUUAAUCAUUACAUAGUAUAAAACAAAGUCGCUGCCGCUGUCUGUCCCUAUGUAUGCUUAAAUCUGUAAAACUACGCAACAGAUUUUGAAGGGGUUUUUUUAAUAGUG